AACCCGGAAGGGGAAGUGUCGGAGUAUUUGACCGUAGCUAUGAAAAAUGAUGGAACAGAGACGUGAUUGUUCUUUUUCCGCGUCGACAGCCGUGAUGUCGUGGCUUUUUUUUUUUUGCGAGCUGACUGUGACGGUCAGGUGCAUCAGAGGUGUCCAGGAAACGGAAUGUCGUUUCCAACCGAGACACUGACUAAUUCGGUACAUUUCCAGAGUCAGGCGAUGCUGAACGGCUAGUCGACUGAUUGAUGAAAUUAGCCCGUGUUGGUUGUUGAGGUGAGGUGUUUUUCACUGUUUCUUAUUAUCGUGUUGGGGGGCGUUUUUAGUGUGUCGGGAGAUAUUUGCCGUAAAGCUACACAGCAGCUGUGCAGCAGAAGCUUCCCGGGACGGCUCGGUGUUUGGAAAAGCCACGUCAGCUACCUCUGCACUGAUAAACUCAAAGAACAUCUGUGCUCUCCUGGUUCAUCCGUGUGUAUCUUUUAGCUGACAAUCCUCACAGUCGUCUCCAAUGACAAUGGCUCCGAUGGGGAUCCGACUGUCACCGCUCGGUGUGGCGGUGUUCUGCCUGCUGGGAGUCGGCGUCAUCUACCACCUGUAUGCCGGGGUCCUCUCCAACCACUUGUCUUACUUCAGGCAGAGAAAAAAGGUGGAUCUGAGAGACCUGUUAGCUGUCUCCGUGGAGGCUGCACAGCUAGGUGGGAAAGAGGUGAAAAGAGUACGUGAAGAAGACUCCCUCAACGAGAAGUCAAAGGGAGAAACGAAGGAGGGAGCCAAAGAGCUUCUGACUAUGGGGGACCUGCAGUCGCAUCGAAAGAUGUUUAAUCUAAUAAAGAACACGUUUCCUGAAAUCACUGUUCACAGCGAGGAAAGUGACAGCGAAGCAGAUCCGGUAACCUGGAGCCGUUACAUACCUGAUGACAUAUUAAAGCUGGAGAAGGGCAGGGAAGUUUCUGCUGAUAGCAUCACUGUGUGGAUUGAUCCUUUGGAUGCUACUCAAGAAUACACAGAGAAGUUGGUGAAAUAUGUGACCACUAUGGUGUGUGUAGCUCUAGAGGGUAAACCAGUCAUUGGAGUCAUCCACCAGCCAUUUACAGGGUUUACUGCCUGGGCAAUGGUAGGUCAGGGAACCAACAUGGCGUCCAGAUCUGAUUACAAUGUCAACCCACCAAAAGUGAUCGUAUCACGCUCUCACUCUGGAGAAGUAACAAAUUUUCUUCAUACUGCUUUUGGCAACAGCACAACAAUAAUCCCAGCAGGUGGAGCAGGAUACAAGGUGCUGUCACUGUUGAAGAUGCAUUCAGGCCAACCAGAGCCUAUAGACGAAGCAGAUGUUUAUGUCCACAUCACCUAUAUUAAGAAAUGGGACAUCUGCGCUGGUGCAGCACUACUGAACGCACUUGGAGGCCAUAUGACCACUCUGAAGGGGGAGAACAUUGACUACAGUGGAACUCCAUUGAACAAAGGAGGACUGGUGGCCAGUGUUGAUGUGGAUCAUAAGGCCAUACUGGAGAAACUUCCAAACUGGGACCCUUCAAAGCAUUGAAAGACAACCGCAGAACCAUUGAAAGCUUGGUCGUGUUGUGUUGAGGCUUACACGAAGCAGAUAUGAUUAAACAUCACCGGCGUCCAUGUGGUUUUUUUGGGGAGUGGGGAGGUCUUAACAUUUGCAGGACUGUGACCAGCAUGGCUACCACAGUGAUUCUGAAUUCACACUCCUCUACAGCUCCACAUUCAUCUUGGAAAAAUGGUACAUCUGUCUCCUGCGAAACCGCAUGCUCACAGUGAACGGUGGAAAAUGAUAAUCCUUUCCAUGUCUCCUCUUUUCAUCUUCACAGGAGAACAGGGGGUCUUUAAUGUGAAAUAAGUCUGUCAAGGACACAGCUGAACAUUGCAGGAGAAACUCUGCAGCCUGACAUUUGCAUCCACUAUUUUACAUCCUUAUUUUUUUGCAUAUUUCAAAAGAAUGCAGCACUAAUUUAGAGAGGCAGGUUUCAGAAAACAAGACAGUUUGUGGUGAGGUACAACUAAUAAAACUAUUUUGAGCAAAUCUAUGUGCUUAUUACAUUAGAAAAUAUAUUUUUAUUUUCUUAUUUAAAACCUUUACUCAGAUUAUAUUGAGCUUAAUUCAUUGAGAUUGAGUUAAUUAUUUUUAGAGAAAUCAAACCAAUGCCAAGAAGAGAGUCUAAUAGACCAGAUUUGUGUUGGGGCUAAAACCUUCAUCAGCUAAUUGGGCAAAUAAACUUAAAAACAUUUUCUAUGCCAAAAAAGCACAAAAACACUUACAAAAGCUGUUGGAAUGGCAGUGUAUACACAGGAAGGGAUGGGAUAUUGACUUUAAUGACACAUUUACUAACCAGAACAUGUGCCACAAUAAAGGCUUGAAAUUGACACUUUUUAGAUUUAUCUCUUCAAGAUUCAUUAAACAAAACAAGUUAAAUAGUCCUUUAUGGGGCCUCACCAUCGCUCCAGUCCAAACAGUUUUUCAGUGGUUGAACGUCUUGGUUUAGAAACCCUUCAAACCACACAGCAGGCUUGAAGUCUGAAAGCAUGGUCCAUUAUUUUCUGAUUCAGCAAAACAAAAGCCUUUUUAACUUGCUGAAAAGAAAACUUAGAACUGGACAAUACUGAAGUAUACUUGCAUAGUUAGAAUCCCUGUUUCUGUUGACUACUGAUUGUCUUUCUGCACUGUCUGUUAUACCCGAGUCAGUCUGUUCAUACUAAAACCUGCACCAUCAGUCCCGUGUGACUUCUUUGUGUUCAGUAGUAAAAAUACCAGUGGAGUUCUCAUACGAGUGUGAGAAGAAGACACUUUUGUAAAGGAUCUUCUGUUUGUUUACUUUGUUUUGAUACCACAUGUGUUAACAUUGUGUAGAUUAAACUGCAUUAAGGUCUAAAGUAAAAUAUUGAAACAGUUCUGUCUGCCACAGGUUGAUCAUGCCUGAACCUCCUCACAGGGGCGAGGAAUGAUCUGGGAUGGGUUGGUUAUUACAUUGAAAUACAGUAAAGCCAGAGUUGUUACAGUUGAAUCCUUGUGUGCUGAAUUUCAGUUUCGUGAUUCGAGUGCCUUUGCUUGGAUUAAACCACGUUGCCACUGUAAGUUGCAUUAGUGACGCAGAAAGACAGGGUUUAUCAUGCAGCAGCAAUACACGCUAUAAAAAAUGACAAGGACACUGUUUUGGGUGUGGCUUUGGAUACACCCCAUCAGGACUCCUGCAUGUGUACUUUUAACAAAACAUUUUUACACAUCACUGUGUUGUGAAGCGCUUGAGGGUGCUAUAAAUAUGAAAAGUCUUUUUUUUAAAUGCGUUGUUGAAGACGAUACAUUCGUAAAGGUAAAAAAAAGCUGAUCCAUGUUAAGAAACAUCUGACUUAAUCUCUGUAGACUUCUGCUCGUGUUUGCUUGAGGCUUCACACGUUUGAACUUCCAAUCAAAGCCACAAAAUCAAAUUGGAGAUUUGCAGCUACUGGGUUGUAAUGUUGUAGAGUGCAAUGCUGACGAGGUGAAACAGCCUUUGAAGACAAAGAUGUGACAAUAAGGGGAACCAUCUGUAGUCUUGAGCAUGGAUUCCUCAAUAGAGCCCCAUGUGUACGUCUGUCUUUUGUAAGUCAUCAUGCCAGCCAGACUCAGGGAGCUGGACAAUGUAGUCCUCUGGAGGGCUUUGGAGAAACCUUUACUGGUAUUCACUACUUCUGUAAUUUGUAAUGUGAUUCUGAGGUAUUUAGUGGCAAUGCUCAUUUUUUACGCCUGCUUUCUUGGUUUUUGUUUGCAUGGCUACUGGGUUUAUAGCAAUCUCCUUUCUUUGUUUCUACCUCUCUGCCAAUGUUUUACUUGUUUUCUUUAAAAUCAGGAGACUUUGAAAUAAUGAAAAACAGAGACCAGUGUAAAUGAGGUGUAUGUUUGAUCAGCUAAUGUAGAAAAACCUUUAGUCACUGCUGAAGUAAAGUACUUUAACGCUG